AUGGCAACACCUACCACCAACACACCCGAAGGUCUCCAGGAGAUCUCGAGGUCUACCACGCCCACUGGGUCUACCGAGGCUGUUGAGAGCACGCUCGCAGAUCUUGUGCUCGAGAUCAAAGAGUUCGUCUCCGACUCUAGCAGCGCCGAUGACCUGGCCAACGAUGCUCAGCAGAGGUAUCACUCAACCGAGCAGAUCGCGCUACAGAUGAAGAAGACUUACCCCGAGCCUUCUGCCUUUUUCAAACAAGCUACCGACACUCUACAGCUAGACUUGCAAAACGUCACCGAAAAGCUCCGAAAGAAGAACGCCGAAAGCCGCUCUUCCAAACUGCCCCCACCUCUCCGACGUAUGCUCACCGACCGACGCCGCGUCAAGCAGACAAAAGAGAUGAAGCACAAGAAGCAGCGUCAGCAGCAGCGCGGUGUGCGUCUUGCGCAGGCCCCGGCGGCCAAGGCGAGUAACAUUCGGGAGGGUGGUGUUAAAAGUGCAGAGGAUGCUGGGCAAGUCAAGCUCAACGUCAAGGGGUUGGCGGUGCCCAGUGUAGCUGGAAGUGCUGACCCUUCUACUUCAGUCUACCUUUUGUAAUGACCUGUUGUCAACAUAUUGAGCUCUUGUAUACAUACUUUUCGCCUAAAUCCGUACUUGUUGUCUUGUGAACCCGGGGUUGUGAACCUGGCUUUGUGAUACUCCCGAUGAUGUCAGAGUAGAAGAUGGACUAUGAAUGGACUUCUGAAGCCUCUUUCUGUGCACGGUUGCACGCCAGCGUGCAACUCCAAAGCAGUCACAGAAGCAUGCCUGGCCAUGGAAAGGCCCAAUAAGAGGCACUUGAUUGACGUUUGUUUGGUUC